GGCUGAACCUCGGACGUGAUGCGCGCUCCCGUGACUUGCAUUCCGUGUCCGCUCACGUGCUGUGUGUGUAUAAAAAGCGGUCGGAGCCUCCCUGCUCAUCAUGCUCACUGUGUCUCCAGACAAACGGCGAAAGAUGGAGUCGGCGCUCAACCAGUUGAAGAAGUUCACCGUGGUGGUGGCCGAUACGGGCGAUUUCAACGCCAUUGAUGAAUACAAGCCUCAGGAUUCCACCACCAACCCAUCUCUGAUUCUUGCUGCUGCUAAAAUGCCAGCCUAUCAGAGCCUGUUGGAUCAGGCCAUCAAAUACGGCAUUGCCAAGGGCGGAACUGAGGAGGAGCAGAUCGCCAACACCAUGGACAAGCUGUAUGUGAGUUUUGGUCUUGAGAUCCUCAAGAAGGUCCCUGGCAGAGUCUCAACUGAAGUGGAUGCCAGACUGUCUUUUGACAAAGAAAAAAUGGUGGCCAAGGCUUUGAGGCUCAUUGCACUCUACGAGGAAGCUGGGAUCAGCAAGGAGCGGGUGCUGAUCAAACUGUCAUCCACGUGGGAAGGAAUCCAAGCUGGCAAAGAGCUUGAAGACAAGCAUGGCGUUCACUGCAACAUGACCCUGCUUUUCUCUUUUGCACAAGCAGUGGCCUGCGCAGAAGCAAAAGUAACUCUCAUCUCGCCCUUCGUGGGGCGCAUCCUUGACUGGUACAAGGAAAACACAGACCGCAAAACCUACGAGCCCCAUGAAGACCCAGGUGUACAGAGUGUGACAAAGAUAUACAACUACUACAAGAAGUUUGGUUACAGCACUGUAGUUAUGGGCGCUUCCUUCCGGAACACAGGACAGGUUAAAGCCCUCUGCGGAUGCGACCUACUCACCAUCUCUCCUGGGCUGCUUGCAGAACUCAGCCAGGACCACAGCACUGUCACACAGAUGCUUAAUGUGGAAACAGCAAAUGGUUGCAAUCUACUAAAGGUCCACCUGGAUGAGAAGGAAUUCCGCUGGCAACACAAUGAAGAUCGCAUGGCAGUUGAAAAACUGUCGGACGGCAUCCGCAAGUUUGCUGCAGAUGCGAUAAAGCUUGAAACCGUGAUCAAAGAGAAGAUACUUCAAGUUAAGAAUGGUCAAUAAGAGACUUGGGCCAUACCCUGCUGCACUGACGCAAAGUUUUAAGAGUCAGGACUCUGCCUUGUUAGCGGGCUUCGACUUGAGAGGAAUUUCAAACUACCAGAAAACAUUGUCUGUCCCUUGAUAAAACUCAAGAAACCUUCCUCAUGAAAGACCAACUCCCACCCACUCUUUGGAUGGAGAUAAGUCUUAUUUUACCAAACAUUCAUGAUUGGUACUUAAUCCUGACUUAUUUUGUGGAUAUUUAACCAGAGGGGGGUGUAAAUCAUUCCAGAAAGUUGCAUUGUGAGACUAUUAGAGAGGAUCACGAGCACUUAGUCAAUUCAAACACGCUUCCAUCAGCCUAGUGGGAAUAAAGCAAAUAUUUUGUUUGUUUUCAAGCCAAGAAAUAUAAUAAAUAUUCAUUCUAAGCA